ACCUGCGAUUCAGCAGGUGAUCAGCUCAGUGUAGCUUUCCAGGCCUUGGGAAAACACAACCGAGCCGAAAUGGCCGACACCGCUGGUUUGAUCCGGACUGGACUCCUCGUUUUCUCUAUUUGUGUGUGUGUCGUUACCGGAAGUCCUAUAGGUACUUCAACCAUAAAUUGUGUACAAGGUAGCAAUCUAAUCGUGGGUGCAGUUGAUGAAGGAUAUGAAGGAGACGUGGAGGUGGUGAGCGGGAUCACGGCAGGAAGCGGUGUGAAGCUGGUGUCAUACAUCUUCCCAGAACACCUGGAGUAUCUGACGCUGAGCUUCACACCCGGAGACACCAGCGCCACAGUUCGCACCACGAAGCCACUGGACGCAGACACACUGGCAACCAGUGGCAGCACCUUGUAUUACUCGGUCAUGUGUGACGACGUCUUUAAGCACAACAACACUCGCAAACUGAACAUCAACGAUCUCAAUGACAACAGCCCGAUAUUUGAACAGAAGUCCUACAGCAUUUCUGUCUCUGAGACACAAGCGGUGGAGAGCGAGGUUCUUCGAGUGAAAGCUACAGACGGUGACAGCACCCCAGCAAACAACGUAGUGACAUAUUCCAUGGCACCAACAUCAGAGGACUUUACUGUGACCAACUCUGGGGCUUUUAUUUUGAAGAGACGUCUGAACUACAAUUUAGUGCAAAAGUACAACUUCCUUGUGACGGCCAAGGAUAACCAUGGAUUAAAUGACACAGCCACUGUCUCUAUCAACGUACUCGACUUUGAUAACCUAAAUCCGUAUUUCAGCCACAAUGUGUACCAGUCCUUUAUUCCAGAGAAUCAGGAUGGGCCUUUCCGGACCAUUGAGCCAGAGGCGAUAAAGGCUCAGGAUGGAGACACCGGGAUCGACACGACUGUAACUUACAGCAUCAGUGCAGUGUCUCCAGACAAGUAUCGGGGAAACUUCGACAUUGACCCGAGCAGUGGAGUUGUGACUGUGCUGACUGCUUUAGACAGAGAGGAGAUGAGCAGCAGCGUGAUCUCUGUCAGCAUCAAGGCGGCCCAGACUGACGACAGUUUGAAGACGGCGGAUGCUGUGGUGUCCGUCACUGUCGAGGACGUGAAUGAUAAUCCUCCAGAGUUUGACCAGCCCGACUACUCUGUAACGCUUCUGGAAAAUUCUCCUGUUGAUGCUGUUCUGUUCAAAGCCGUCAUCACUGACCUGGACCAGGGAGGAUUUGUGGGAGAGUUGCAGAUCCUUCCAGAAUCUUCUCCUUUCUCUAUCGGCGCCGAUGGGAUGGUCAGAGUGAAGAACUCCACAGUUCUGGACAGAGAGACGACUGAAAGAUUUACAUUUCAGAUCAAAGCAACUGAGACGGAUCCACCCAAAAAUUUUGCAGAGGUGCAAGUCAGUGUAACUCUUCUGGAUGAGAAUGACAACACCCCCGUGUUCACCAGUGCGAAGUACGAGGGAAAAGUGUUUGCAAAUCAAACAGUGGGAAUGUCUCUGGUCCAGGUUAAGGCAGAAGAUCCAGAUGCUGAUAAGAACGGGCAGAUCAAAUACUCUAUUGAGUUUGGCAACAAUGACGGAUACUUCUCAAUCGAAGAAAACAGUGGAGACAUCACGCUGGCUAAAAUCAUUCCCCUGGUGGAGAACAAGAUAUUGGCAUUCCCUCUCUACAUAACAGCCAGAGAUGGGGGAACCAUAUCCCGAGUCUCCUCAGCACUUGUUACCAUUAGUGCUCCUAGUGACUCUAAACCUCAGUUUUUACAAAAAGUUUACCGUGGCACCGUGGAAGAAGAGCAGGAAACAGGAGUUGUCAUUCUUAGGGUGGCCUUCAUGGCGAUAGCUACUGAGAUUCCUGUGACUCUCCAAGUUGAUACAGAAGUCGACAAGUUUGCCAUCUCCUCCAGUGGUGAAUUCACCACUAAAGUGAAGCUGGACUACGAUGAGGCUCCACACAACUACUCUGUGGCGAUCUCCAUCUCUGACGGAGUCAACAGUGACAGUGCGGUUGUGGAGGUUCAAGUCACCGACGUCAAUGACAACAGUCCUGUUUUUACCUCUGAUUCUGUCCCAAAAUCAGUCCCAGAGGACGCAGAGGUAGGAUCCAAUGUGACUGUUGUUCCCGCUACAGACAAAGACAGCAGCUUCAACAAGGAGAUCAGAUACUCUCUGAGAGGAGGAGAGGGGAAGUUCUCUGUCGAUCCUGUGUCUGGGAUGGUGAGUGUGACUGGAGCACUUGAUAGGGAGACUAAGGCAGAGUACAGCCUGCUGAUGGUGGCUGAAGAUCAGGGUCGUCCAGCCAGGUCGGCCACAGCCUCCCUGCUGAUCCGAGUGUCGGACAUCAACGAUAACGUCCCCAAGUUCUCAAAUGCUGAGUAUCAGGGUGAAGUAUUGGAGACGGCGCCAAUUGGUACAAGCUUGCUCACAUUAUCAGCUGUAGACCUCGAUGAAGCAGCAAAUGGGAGCGUUACUUACAGUAUUUUGAGCCAGAGUCCCUCAUCAGAAGCUCCUGUUUUUGAGUUGGACUCUUCCAGCGGGACCCUGCAGCUGGCCCAGCCUCUGGACUACAGCAAGGUGAAGGUGUACAGCCUCGUGGUUCAGGCCUCCGAUGGAGGGACUCCCUCUCUGGUUGGGAAUGGCUCUGUGGUGGUGAAGGUGAAGGACGUGAACAACAACCCGCCUGUAUUCAGUAAGGAGAGCUACGACGUGGCCGUCUCUGAGAACCUGGCCAGCGGCGCGUCCAUCCUGACCCUGGAGGUCACUGACCGGGACGAGGGUGGAUUCUCCCGUGGUUACUUCCUUUAUACCAACGAUACCUUUGACAUCAACAAACUAGGAGUGGUCUCACUGAGGAAGGACGUCACCUUGGACAGAGAGACAAAGGACAGAUACAUGUUCCAGGUGGUGGCGGUGGAUCAGCCCAUUGACGGUCUGCGAGCCACAGCUCAGCUCAGCAUCACCGUCCUGGACUACAACGACAACGCCCCACAGUUCCCGAUGAUCCCGGACCCGCUACAGAUCCCUGAGGGCGUGUACUCGGAGGACAGUCCAGGAGAAGUUUUCACCAUCGUGCCCACAGACGCAGACCUCGGGCCCAACGGAGAGGUCACCCUCUCCCUCCUCUCCCCCCAGCCUCUCUUCAGAUUCACAGAGGAUGGGAAGUUGCUGGCUGUCGGCAAACUGGAUCGGGAGAGCAGGGAAACGUAUGAGCUGCUUGUGAAGGCCUCGGAUAAAGGCAGCCCCCCGAGAGAGAACAUCACCAGCAUCAGAGUGAGCCUCAUCGACGUCAACGACAACAGACCUGAGUUCGGCUCCAGCAGCUACGUCAGCAGCAUCCUUCUGAAGGACGCCGCGGAGGGGAAGCUGCUGCUGACGCUGUCCGCCAGCGACCGAGACGCCGGGAACAACUCGCUCAUCACCUACAGUUUCUCUGCAGGAAGUUCUCCAUAUUUGGCCUUAAACAGCGAGAGCGGAGACGUGACGUUGACCUCUGGCCUCGCUGAUGUCACAGAGGACACCACCGUGGUGCUGACGGCCAUGGCCAAAGACCACGGCCAGCCUCCUCUCAACUCCACAGUUCGGGUCGUGGUGAAUCUGCGGGUGGUCAGCCUGGUGGAGGGCGUGGCCUUCCAGAGCUCCUCCUACAACUUCAGCGUCCCCGAGAACCAGCCGGAGGGGGCGGCGGUGGGGGCCGUCUGGGCCUCCGCAGGAAGUGACAUUUACAACGUCACCUACACACUAACUACACACACCGACCUGUUCUCCGUCGACGCCAGCGGAGCCGUCCGGACCAGAGCACAGCUGGACAAAGAAGAGCAGGAGUGGUACAUCCUGGACGUGGAGGCUGUGGACACGAGGAUCCCCCCUACGUCAGCCACCGCAAUGGUCAGAGUCCAGGUGGAGGACGUCAGCGAGUCGCCACAGUUUCCCUCUCAGCUUUAUAAAGCAUCUGUGUUCAGCAUCGCCCCGUACAAAACCUCCGUCAUCCACGUCAAGGCUUCAGACCCUGACGUGGGCGAGGGGGGUCAGCUGGUCUACAGCCUGUCGGCCGACAGCGGUUACUUUGACGUGGAGCCGUCCUCCGGUCUGCUGUACGUGGUGUCGGCGCUGGCUCUGGCUGAUCAGACGGCUGCGGUGGAGGUGAAGGCCACGGACCCCCGAGGGCUUCAGGCUACGACCAGGGUGGAGGUGGAAGUGCACGGAAGCGCGAGCAGCGGCGACGUGGCGGUCAUCUCCCUCAACCAGCCUGCUAACGUGGUGGAGAAGAAAGUCCCGGAGCUGGAGAAGUCUUUGGGUGCAGCUCUGGGCUGGACUGUGAUCAUCAUGGAGGUGUCGAGCGCUAACGGAGGAUCGCCAGAGUCCAGGACUCGGAGAGCCGCCGUGAAGACUCUGGUCAGCUUCAUCAGUCUGGACGGACAAGACGUCGUUUCUGCUGAAGAAGUCACAAAGAAACUGCAGAGCCAAUCAGCUGCUGUGAGGGCGGAGCUGGUCAAAGUGUUCGGGGAGAGUCUUCAUUUUGACGUGGAGGCGAAGCCUCAGAGCCCCGCCUCCAACCAGGCGGCUGUCAUCGCUCUGGCAACCAUGUUGGCCCUGAGCAUGCUGGGAUUGAUCGUCGCGGUCGCCUUGAUCAUCAGGUUCAAGAGGACGCAGAAACACCAGGAGGAUUCUGACAAGGAGAGUUUGGACAUCGUCCGUAAAGCUGAAGGUUACACGAACUGGUCAGAGGAGAGUCCUGAAACAUCUGAACAGCGACACACAAAGACACAUGAGAGGAGAACGCAGGACGAGCAGCAGAGGACAGACGACGGUGGGACAGUAACGACGGACGGUAACAGUGUGAGAUUCAAACGGGACGGACAGAUGGAGGACGGUAGUGAAAGCCGCACUUCUCUCUGAUCUGAACGCAGCAGCCUUCAGUCCGCCUGUAUGGAGUCUGCAGAGUGCCACUAAAAUAAUUAGACUAUACUGAUUAUACUCAGUCCGCCUGUAUGGAGUCUGCAGGGUGCCACUAAAAUAAUUAGACUAUACUGAUUAUACUCAGUCCACCUGUAUGGAGUCUGCAGGGUGCCACUAAAAUAAUUAGACUAUACUGAUUAUACUCAGUCCACCUGUAUGGAGUCUGCAGGGUGCCACUAAAAUAAUUAGACUAUACUGAUUAUACUCAGUCCACCUGUAUGGAGUCUGCAGAGUGCCACUAAAAUAAUUAGACUAUACUAACUGAUAAUGCUCAGUUAAUAUGUUUAAGGUGAGACAUGUUUUCAAUCACAAAAUGGGAAAACGUAAAUGUUAGCAGGAAACAAAUAAAGAAACUGAAGUGGGUUUUGAUAGACCGAGACGGACACAAAAUAAAAAUGUGAAAUGUUAAAAAUAAUUGUGAUUCCAUUUUGAAAUAUUUUUUUUUUUUUAUAUUAUUAAGAAAAGUUCGUUCUUGACCUUUUUGAAAAGCAAACUUCAGCCACUGACGAAGACCGGGAGAUGCUGUUAAAAGCUCUGGAAAAAAAUAGUAAACACACACACACAUAUA